AUGACUACGAUCGCGAAAUAUAAAGUUACGGCAACCAUUCAGUCAAAAGUUAACGCAUACCAGCGAACUUUGACCUUUUUGACCGUCCCGAAAAUUGCUCAACAUAUUCCUGAUCAACCCUUCGACCGGUCAAGGAUUAAGAUACCGCGGAACAUUCAACUGGCGGAUCCCGAUUUUCAUCGACCAGCACCGAUUGAAUUACUUUUCGGUUCCGGAGCCGCUCUGUCUAUGUUAAGCAUCGGUCAAAUUAGUUUAUCUGCGCCCAAAGAACCCGACCUAUAUCUUCAAAAGACCAGAUUAGGAUGGGUUAUCGGGGGGAGCCCCCCAUCUCCGGCACAGGUACACGGCGCCUCGUGUCACUUAUCAAAAUCGUUGCAAUCUGAAAUUGCACGAUUUUGGGAGAUUGAGGAAGGGCCACAACGGCAGUUAUACUCGGAUGCUGACAAAUAUUGCGAAGCACAUUUUCUGCAACACGUUUCGCGAGGAUCAGACGGGCGAUAUACGGUAGCGUUGCCGUUCAAUAACAAAAUAAUGCAGCUGGGUGAAUCGAAAUCGCAGGCUCAAAGGCGAUUCAUUUCACUCGAAAGGAAACUUCAGCGCAACCCAGCGUUAAAGAAGGACUAUCAUGCAGUGAUAAAGGAGUACCUCGACCUAGGGCAUUUGAUGAAGAUUCCUGAGGACACGGAAUCAUCAAGAGGAUUCUAUCUACCGCAUCAUGGAGUGGUCAAGACAACCAGCGAGACGACGAAACUACGUGUCGUUUUCGACGGCUCCGCGGCCACGAGUACCGGGGUAUCCCUCAACGAUGCUCUUCACGUCGGACCGAAAAUCCAGGAUGACUUGCUGUACAUCCUUCUUCGUUUUCGUAUCCACCGUUACGUCAUCACCGGUGAUAUCGAGAAGAUGUACAGACAGUUCAUCGUCCGACCGGAAGAUAGGAAAUAUCAGCGGAUACUUUGGCGUGACGCUGACGGGGAAAUUCAAACUUAUGAAUUGCAACGCGUCACGUUCGGACUCUCUGCCGCGCCGUACCUAGCAAUACGUUGUCUCUCCCAACUCGCCCAGGACGAAGGUCACCGUUUUCCGGAAGCUGCGAGAAUUCUUUGUCGCGAUUUCUAUGUCGAUGAUGCGCUUACCGGAGCAUCGUCUAUCAGCGAAGCACGCGCAAUCCGUAAUCAAUUGACGCAAUUGCUGAGCUUGGCGGGCCUCAACAUAAGACAAUGGGCAGCCAAUCAUAAAUCAAUUUUGAGGGAUCUUCCAGAACAAGAUUUAAAUAAGAAACUACAUUUCGGCGACUCACCAAAUUUAAAGACUUUAGGAAUCUUCUGGAAUUCUUCUAAUGAUUCUAUAUCGUAUGAGGUUAAGGCGCAAUCCCCCACAACACGGGUAACAAAACGGGUCAUUGCUUCAGAGAUCGCGAAAAUCUACGAUCCUCUCGGUCUUUUAGGACCUGUUAUUAGUACUGCGAAGAUGUUCCUACAAAAAAUAUGGACCAUCAAGCUCGAUUGGGACGAAUCAUUGCCAAUGAAUGUUUUUACAGAAUGGUCCCAAUUUUACAGGCAAUUACCGUUAUUAAACAACAUAAUAUUUCCAAGGAAGACCAUCCCUUGCACAUCGACGGUGACGGAGUUGCACGGUUUCUGUGACGCAAGCGAAAGGGCCUACGGUGCAUGCGUUUAUCUCAGGUCAAUAGAUAAACAUGGUUAUGCACAUGUGGAGCUCCUUUUUGCAAAGUCGAAAGUGGCGCCAUUGAAGUCGCAGUCAAUCCCUAGACUCGAAUUGUGUGGCGCUUUGCUUUUGACAUCACUGAUAACCACUGCGAAAAAGGCCCUCCACAUUAAUAUCAAUAAUACAUUCCUCUGGACGGACUCUACUAUUGUCCUCCACUGGCUUCAGGCGUCUCCGCAUACUCUGAAAACGUUCGUGGCGAACAGGGUAACGGAGAUUCAAGAGAACACCAGGAUCAAGGACUGGCGACACGUCCCUACGUUGGAUAACCCCGCGGAUCUGAUCUCGCGUGGCCAGUAUCCUGAAGAAUUUUUGCAACCAUCCAUCUGGCACCAAGGACCAGAGUGGCUCUGCAAAGAUGAAUCUUCAUGGCCGACGACAACACUGCUACCACUGGAAGAUAUUAUACCAGAGCAGAAGACAGCGACCUGUUUAAUUACAGCUACGUUAGAUACCAGCAUCCUGGACAAUUAUUCUUCUUGGGCACGUAUGCAGAGAAUUAUUGCAUAUUGUCUACGAUGGAAGAAAAGCAACAACAUUAAAGGGUACCUCACCGCUAUUGAAAUCAAGAAUGCUCAUAACACGAUUAUCAAACUUCUCCAGCAGGCACAUUUUGCCAAGGAACUGCGACUAUUGUCAAAUAAUAAUAGCGAAAUCGGAGGAAAAUUGCAAUAUUUAUCUCCCUUUUUAGAUAAGGACGGCAUUCUGCGAGUAGGAGGUCGUCUAAAACAUUCAUUCAUUCCGUUUCCGCAACGUCAUCCUAUAAUAUUACCGAAAUCACGGGUGACAAUACUUAUUAUUGAAGCUGAGCACAGAGCUCAAUUACACGCUGGCGUCCAGAAUACUCUACAUGCCGUUAGACGCAGGUAUUGGCCCAUUGACGGACGAAACCAGGUCUGGAAGGCGCUAAGACCCUGCACGCGCUGUUUACGAGCUCGACCGCCGCCAGUGGAUUACAUCAUGGGUGAUUUACCUGCAGCAAGAGUCACCGAGUCGCGACCAUUUACCCACGUCGGCGUAGAUUAUUGCGGCCCUUUCUACGUUAAAGAAAGGAAACAUCGAAACCGCGCGAAAAUAAAGGUCUAUGUAGCGGUUUUCGUCUGUCUGGCAGUCAAAGCGGUACACUUGGAAGUCGUAAGUGACCUGACUAGCGAGGCGUUCAUUGCUGCGCUCAAACGGUUCAUCGCGCGGCGGGGAUUUUGCACGAAUCUGUACUCAGAUAAUGGUACAAAUUUUGUUGGCGCUAAUAAUGAAUUAAAAGACCUUCGCGAAUUAAUUCGAUCCGAUGACCAUCAAAAAAAGGUAACAGCCUUCCUAGCGGAUAAAGCUAUUGCUUGGAAAUUUAUUCCACCUCGUGCGCCACAUUUUGGCGGAUUGUGGGAGGCUGCCGUCAAGGCUUUCAAGCACCACCUCGUACGCGUCGUAGGCAGUGAGUUAUUUACGUUUGAGGAAUUUAAUACUUUAAUUAUACAGAUUGAAUCCAUUUUGAAUUCCCGACCUCUCACGCCCCUAUCAUCCGACCCGAACGACCUUUCAGCCCUGACUCCCGGUCAUUUCCUUAUCGGCGAAUCGCUAACUAGCUUACGCGAACGAGAUUUUGCCGAUACUCCGUCGAAUAGGCUUUCGACAUGGCAACAUAUCCAAAAAGUUAAACGACACUUUUGGAAUCGUUGGCACCGGGAGUACCUCAAUGAGCUGACUAGGCGCAGUAAGUGGACCAAGGGCAGCCACAGCAUCAAGGAGGGCACGAUCGUACUCAUCAGGGACGACAACGUUCCCCCCAUGCACUGGGCACUGGGCAGAGUGCUCAAAGUUCACCCCGGGUCUGACGGCAUUGUGCGCACGGUGACAAUUAAAACCGCCACCUGCACGUUAGAUCGGGCCGUGAAACGUCUCGUGCCAUUACCCCAACAUUCAGAAGAAGACGAUAUCAACCAGGUUGAAUCACACAUUACCAUAAAGUAG